AGUCGUGGGGGGGGGGGGCAUCUUAGAGGAGACUGGCGGACAAAAGAGCCAUCAGACAGAGAUUGCCAGUCUGAUCUGUCUCCCCACCUAUGGCCACCAGCAUCGGCUAAACUAUGAGCCAAAACAGAAACUUGCAGGGAGGAAAAGCAUUCCAAUUGCAGAAGAUCCAGCAGGAAGAGAGGCUGGAUGUGCUCAAUAAGCAGUUCCUAGAGGAUCCCAAAUACAGCCAAGAAGAGAAUCUGCCCUCCCGACUGGAAGCCUUCAAGAAAAAAUACAUGGAGUUUGAUCUGAAUGGAAACGGAGAUAUCGAUAUCAUGUCCCUGAAGCAAAUGCUGGAGAAACUAGGGACCCCCAAGACCCACCUAGAGCUAAAGAAACUAAUUAGAGAAAUGUCCAGUGGCUCUGAGGAGACGUUCAGCUACUCUGACUUUCUUAGAAUGAUGUUGGGCAAGAGAUCCGCCAUCCUGAAAAUGAUCCUGAUGUAUGAGGAGAAAGCCAGAGAACAGCAAAAACCAUCUGGUCCCCCAGCCAAGAAAGCUAUUUCUGAGCUACCUUAAGUAGCUGUGCACACGCAGUGGGACUGAAAGGGCUUCUAAUAACCUCCGCGUGAGAAAAAAGAAGACACAUUGUAAGCCAGAGUCAAACUAAACAAUGACCUUCCUCCUCUGAA